AUGAGUUUGGUAGAAGAUGUACUGCAAAAAGUGCGAGUGCACGUGGCCCAACGUCGUAUGCGUCUUGAUGAUUUUUUCACAGACUUUGACAGUCUACGGUCUGGUCGCAUCACAGCAGAACAGUUUCGUCGUGCCCUCGCAGUAAAUGAUAUUAAACUCACAGAAACUGAAUUUGAGGCUCUUAAAAAUGCAUUUGCUGCUCCUGAGGGACGCCAUACAGCUAGUACCACUAAUAGCCCACGUGGAACUACAAUGGAUGUACGCUACAUGGAUUUCUUGCAUGCUCUUCGUGCAGAAGAUCCUCCGGCGGAGUUGUUGACCACACUGGGACGCAAAGCAAAAACGCUUUCAGAGGAAGAAGAACAAAAACUGGAUGCUGCGAUGCAUUUUCUGCGACAAAUUAUGCAAGUGCGUGGUCUGCCUGUUCGAAAGGCAUUUGAAGACUUUGAUACUUUUCGCAGCGGUAAAGUGACAAUCUCACGCUUCCGCCGUUGUCUCCCAUUUGAUGCUGUGCGGGAAGAUAUACUGCAACUCAUUCUUAAGAAGUACGGAGAUGGGAACGGGGAUGUAUUGUACUCCGCCUGGUGCAGAGAUCUUGAGAAUGUAGAUAACAGCAACAACAAUAAUAAUACUACCACUAUUACUACUACUAACGUCGUCAAUGCCAACGCCACCGAGUUGCAGUCCACAACAUUUAAUUCAGCGCGGGGAACAGGAGGGAAACUUACGUUGGAUGAACUUUUACGGGUGUUGCGAGAGCAAUUCGCAAUGUAUCGCCUUCGCUGUGAUGAUUAUUUGCGGGACUUUGAUAAUUUCAGAACAGGUUUCGUAACAGCCCCUCAGUUUGAGUCAGCUCUAGGAAGGGUGCAAUUUGUGAACUUUCAACUUACAUCAGAACAUAUUGAAACACUGAUACGGGCCUACACAGAGGGUAUAUGGGAUGAUACCGGUUGUGGUACAAAUGAUGAAGUUUUCCCACGAGUGAAUUAUGUUCAGUUUCUUGCUGAUACUAAUCCACGUCGUGAUGAUACCACAGAGGGAGAAACUAAUUACUAUGAAACAACCAGAACUCCUGGACAAUUUCUUGGAGAUACUGCUAGUGCAGAACACCAACGUGCAGAAGAAGUGUUAAAGAAGGUACGACUUAUUAUUAGUUCAAACCGUAUUAAUUUGGUCCCUACAUUACAUGAUUUUGAUCGUGUUCGUAAAGGUAUUUAUGAACAUCGUACAUGUACCAAGUCACGUUUUGAACGUUCAUUAGCCACUAACAAGAUUUUUUUAAAACCUGAAGAAAUUGCACUUCUUGUUAAACGGUAUGUUAUCCGAAAUGCAGAAGGAGGUCCCAGUGAUGAAGUGAACUACUACCAAUUUGUGAUGGAUGUUGAUCAAGUACAGAAGCCUGAAUUAAACCCAGCCCGUUUAAUGCGAUCUAUGGCAAUGUCAAAUCUUCAGCAACAUAUACAAGAUACACAACUUCAACCUGCUGAAACAGUUUCUGAUGUACUUUCUAAAAUAGCUGCACAAGCAGAAGAAAGACACCUCCGUGUUAAUGAAUUCUUUCUUGAUUUUGAUCCAUUGCGUAGUGGUGUAGUGCAAACUGAAAAAUUUGCCGUUGCCCUUGGUAUCGCUGGAGUUGAAUUACAGGCACAAGAACUUAAAUUGCUUCAGGAGGCAUACAAAUCAAUCAGAGUAUCUGAUCACAUUGAUGUUAACCAAUUUGUUGCAGACCUUGGAGAGAUUGCACCAAUGGCAGUACCCUCUGUUACAACAAAAUUUAAUUUGUCAGUAUCAGAAAACACGAAUGGUGUUUCAGGAGUAUCAAAAAUAACAACCUCAAAAGAUACUGUCAAAAGUUAUGAAGACAACUUUACUGAAGCAGAGCGUGAACAAUUGCAUCGACUCCUUGCCAGACUUUCACAUUAUGUUAUUGCUCAACACGCGUUGUUAACUCCCUUCUUUGCAGACUUUGACCGUUUUCAUCUUGGUAAAAUAACAAAGACCAACUUUAUGCAAGCCCUUGCACGUCAUCGUUUUAUACUGUCACCAGAAGAAACUAAACUUCUUACACGCUACUAUGCAGUACCUCAUGACACGGAACGAAUUGACUACACACGUUUCGUUCGUGAUGUUGGAUUCAAUGAAUCGGCGGUAGGAAUUUCAAAGGAUGCCAAUGUCACUAUGCCCUCUGUUUCGGGUACUGUACAACAAACGAUGAUGUCAACAACAGGAGGAAGUGGUACUUUCACACAGCAGGGAACGUUGGAUGAAAACCUUGUAGAACAAGUUCUAAAGAAGAUUUGUUGUUUUUUGCAAGAACGUAAUGCACGACUUUCAGAAUUUUUUCCUGAUGGUGACGAAUUACGUCAUCGUCAUGUGACGAACACUCGAUUUCGACACUGUUUAUCCAUUCUUGGACUUGAUCUUACAGAGGAGGAGUUACGUGCCCUUGAGUUAGCCUUUGCUCAGGGAGAUUUGGAUGGUUACGUUGAUUAUCCAGCGUUUGUGUCUGUUGUAACAGAGAAACUCAGAGCAGGUGAAGGUAUAAUGGCAGUGACGCAACGUAGACGUGGAUCAUUCAAAGGAGCUGCUACUGCAACCGCAAAUGUGACGGGAGCAACUACUAAUACUAAUGCUACUAAUACUACUUCUAAGGUUCCUGAUGCAGUGGGACAGUAUACGCUCAGUAACACACAGUCUAGUGGCAUGAAGGGAAUGGAUGCUACUCAGGAAGAGUUGUAUGCAUCGGCGAUAGAUAAAGUACGCCGUACACUUGCUGCGCGCCGCACCGGAUCUCUUGCCGCUUUCAGACAGUACGACCGUGCACGCAAGGGGUUUGUAAAGGAGGGUCAAUUCUUCGCAACGCUGAUGUCCCUCGGUGUGCAACUGAGUCCAAUGCAGUCAGACGCACUACGCAAGGUGCAUAGUAUAGGCGGAGGAGAAAUGGGGUACACAAAGUUCUCCCUUGCUACGGACGAUCCGCGGUUCACGUAG